GUACUUUUACUAAAGUAAUUGAUCAGAAUACUUCUUCCACAACUGUCUAUGAUGCAAACACAAUGUAGCUGCAAGAGGAACCAUCUCUGUAUCUGGGCAAAUCUAUCAACCUAUAAGAGCAUGUUUGACAGAGGAACUAUCUGGUCAGAUGGUCAGAUGUAAAGUACAUACUACAUCGGUGUGAAUUUAUGAGAUAAACUGGCAGGCAACCUGGUAGAAGCCUGUGCAAAGCGGCAUGGCUGCACAGACAUUGCAGCAACAGAUAAGUCAACUGUUCAGCCAAUAGAUCCACUCUGAGCUGCUGCUGCUUUGCAUGCAUGCAUAGUCACCGUCCAACAGUUACUACACUCGCCCUGAUCAUGACAGCAACACCAAUACGGCAUGACACAUUAACCAAACAUUCCUUUUUACCACAUGGAAUUUCUUUAUUCAUAGUAGUGUGUGGCAGUACAUGUCACACCCCAGAGUGACAAAGGACCCUGUUUUGUAUUACUCGACUCAAGUUGCGUGACAAUGCAUCUGUUUUGCACCUGCGCCCUAUCCUUCUCCCUGCUGAUGGCGUCCCCCCUGGUGAGUGCCAGUGUGUCCAACAGCUUCAAAGACUGCAGCCAGUUUUUCUACAUGCAGACACCACCUGCAGGGAUGAAGGGAACCAACCUGAGGAGGGUCUGCCAAAAGUAUGCAGACAAACAGCGCUACGCCACGUUGUAUGACAGCAGUCGGCGCCUCCCUCUCUACUCAGCCUACAUCUUUAAGAAGUCGGAUGGGAAGAGGAGGAUUGACACGCCAUGGAUGUAUGAGCCACAGUUGGUUUCUGAUGAUGAGAGUGGCAACAUGAAAGCCCUUCCCCUCACUGAAGACACCCCACCUCUGAUUGAAGACAGCCAGGCUGUGUUGGAGGACUACACAGAUGCUGUAGAAUAUAGACGUGGCCCACUGAAUCCUGACCUUCACCAAUCACAGCCAGAUGACAAAUCCUCCACAUACACUCUGACUAAUGUAGUCCCAUUAUUCACAAACUUCCUGGACGCUUCCUGGAACCCAUACUUGGACAUCAUCCGCCGCCGUCUCAACAACUUCUGCCACGGCACAUCUUUCAUGGUUACAGGGGUGACCGUUUCUGGGGGGACCCUCAAACGAGAUAACAAGGACCGACUCGGAAUCCCAAAACACCUUUGGCUGGCUUACUGCUGCCCGCGGUUUGACCAUAACUCUCCGUAUGAGGUGAGAUUCAUGUUCCCGAGUUAUGGGGGCUAUGCACUGAAUGAACAGACUGACCACAGCGUGGUGGAAGUCCCUCUAAAGACUCUGGAGAUCUUCUUGAAGAGCCAGUCAGACAUGGACAGUGACCUGACCAUAUUCUACAAGGGGUGUGUGCCAGAAAACAGCUUCAGGCAGAAGAGAGACCCCACCAGUGUUUCAGUAUCAUGGGACAAUCCUGAACGGGAUAGACACAUUCAAUCAUUUUCAGCAGCUCAGAGAAACAUAUCUGACGGAAAGCUGUCAGUUUCAAACUCUCAUCAGACUGACAUCGAAGCCAUCCUGACUAUGGCGUUUUGGGCGAAGACUUUCCUCCUUGUCAACAUAAUAACAUCCGGGGUGAGAGGCAGAGUGGAAAAAGAGCUGUCUCCCGAGUGCAGACAAUUCCUUUACAUGGGAACACCACCGACCGGGCUGGAGCACCAUUCCCUCCAGUUCAUUUGUCAACGUUACAACAAGAAGCCACGCUACAUGACGCUCUACAACACUGCAGACCACAUCCCUGUGUACUCAGCAUACACUUUCAAACGCUCAGAUGGGGACAGAUGCGCAGAUGUCCCAUGGAUGUACGAACCGCAGCUAUCCACAUCCUCUGGCACAGAUGAGAUGCAGCCCUUCCCACGUGGCUACAUGCACAUGAAUUUUGAAGAUGCCCAAGCUGUUCUGGAUGAUUAUACAAACGCCAUCCUUUACGAGCGCGGCGCCCUCAAUCCAGAUGGGCACCAGGACGACAUUGAUGACAAGGCGUCCACAUACACCCUCACCAAUGUCGUGCCGAUGGUGCCCGACUUCAACGGCAGAGUCUGGAACGAACAGGAGCACAUCAUCCGCAAACGGCUCAAUAACUACUGCCGCGGAACAGCUUACAUCGUCACAGGUAUCACCACCUCGGGGAAGAUGAUCCGCCGGGAGAACAUGAACCGCGUAGCAGUGCCCGCAUACUUGUGGUCCGCUUAUUGCUGCGUCGACUACGACCACAACGCACCGUAUAAUGAGCGCUAUAAGUUCCCAUCUUUUGCUCACUACGGCCUGAAUGAGGAAGACAACGAGGUGGUGGAAAUGUCCGUCCAGAAGCUGAAGGAGUUCCUCAGGAAGACAACCUUCGUAGGCAAGAACUUUCAGAUCUUUGUGGGUGACUGUGUCCCACCAGGGUCCAGGAACACUUUAUAGUCAGAUAUUUAGCUAUGAAGGCAGCUAUGUGCAAUUUUGCCUUCCCUAUCUUGGUUAUGUUCUGAUCUUUCUUCUUCUUCAGUAGGCCUUUUUGUUUUUUGACUUGUCAUAGUAAGAAAAGCACAGGUAGAACAAUAACGAUGGCUCUGCUCAGGUGUCCCAGUAAGCCAUGACUGUGUGACAGCAUGCAUAACACCAGGACCCUGAAAUUGAAGCAGCUAAAUUGAAUUGAAUUCAGCCUGGUUUUAUUCCAUUAUUUACACCUGUGCGUUCUCCUGCGGUGAAACAUCAGCAUGUCUUUGGGGAAAAUGGUCUAUAGCCAUCCAAUGAGCUGUAGACCAUUGUCUAUUCUAACUCAACACAAAUAUUUAGCUGUGCCUAUGCUGUGUUUUACACU